AUGGAUUUAUCCAUUAAAGGUCUGCAGAGCUCUUGUGUGAGUGUGAUCCAGACCACAGCCACACAGCGGACUCUGAAUAUGGCAGAAGAACACAGUGUGAAGCAGGAGACAAGAGAGCAGCUGCAACAGUCUGACUGCGUGAACCCACGUGAGUCGUCACUGCUUGAACAAAAAAGAAUCCCAGAUAGAGCCCGGAUCAAAGAGGAGCCAGCAGAGCGGAGCAUCAAACCAGCGGGAGAUCAGCAAUCUGCAGCAGGCUCCUGUUCUGCAAGUUUGAAGACCAUACACCGCUUCAGUACAAAGUCGUCUCUGAAGAUCCACACGAGAAACCACACGGGGGAAAAGCCAUACAGCUGCCCGAUCUGCGACGCACGCUUUAUAUCCAACUCCAACAUGAACAAACACAUGAAGAGCCACAGCGAGGACAAGCCAACUUACAGCUGUUCCACCUGCGACGCAAAGUUCUUCUCCACAGGAACUCUAAAACGGCACGAGAAGACUCACACGGGAGCCAACAGCCUGCUCCAGCUUUGUCAAUUUUCCCCAUUGUUUGACUCGUAA